AGGCGCACUGCGCAGGCGCAGCGCCUCGGCUCCGGUCGGCCCAGCGCUCGCGGACAAGUCCCGACAGCGCGCGCCCCCGCUCCCGCGCCGGGACCGCCCCCUCCCCCUUUCGGCGGCGUCGAAGGUAAACAAUAGUUGGCCGCUGACCGCGGAGUGCUUCUCCCGCCGCCGGAUUCGGCGGGCUGCGCGGGAUCGGCGGGACCCCGGCCGGCCGGCCAUGGCGGGGCUGUACUCGCUGGGAGUGAGCGUCUUCUCCGACCAGGGCGGGAGGAAGUACAUGGAGGACGUUACUCAGAUCGUGGUGGAGCCCGAGCCGACCGCUGAAGAAAAGCGCUCGCCUCGGCGGUCGCUCUCGCAGCCGUCACCGCCGGCUCUUCCGGGCGGCGAGGUCUCGGGGAAAGGCCCAGCGGUGGGGGCCCGAGAGGCUGGCGACCCUGCCCCGGACGCGGGGGCCUCGCCGGCUCCCGGCCGCUGCUGCCGCCGCCGCUCCUCGGUGGCGUUUUUUGCCGUGUGCGAUGGGCACGGCGGGCGGGAGGCGGCACAGUUUGCCCGGGAGCACUUAUGGGGUUUCAUCAAGAAGCAGAAGGGGUUCACCUCGUCCGAGCCCGCGAAGGUUUGCGCUGCCAUCCGCAAGGGCUUCCUCGCCUGUCACCUCGCCAUGUGGAAGAAACUGGCAGAAUGGCCAAAGACUAUGACGGGUCUUCCCAGCACGUCAGGGACAACGGCCAGUGUGGUCAUCAUACGGGGCAUGAAGAUGUAUGUAGCUCACGUGGGUGACUCAGGCGUGGUUCUUGGAAUUCAGGAUGACCAGGAUGAUUUUGUCAGAGCUGUGGAAGUAACACAGGACCAUAAGCCAGAACUACUCCAGGAAAGAGAACGAUUAGGACUUGGUGGGAGUGUGAUGAACAAGUCUGGGGUGAAUCGUGUAGUUUGGAAACGACCUCGGCUCACUCAUAAUGGACCUGUUAGAAGGAGCACAGUUAUUGACCAGAUUCCUUUUCUGGCAGUAGCAAGAGCACUUGGUGAUUUGUGGAGCUAUGAUUUCUUCAGUGGUGAAUUUGUAGUGUCACCUGAACCAGACACAAGUGUUCACACUCUUGAUCCCCAGAAGCACAAGUAUAUUAUCUUGGGGAGUGAUGGGCUUUGGAAUAUGAUUCCACCUCAAGAUGCCAUCUCAAUGUGCCAGGACCAAGAGGAGAAAAAAUACAUGAUGGGUGGUGAGCAUGGACAAUCUUGUGCCAAAAUGCUUGUGAAUCGAGCACUAGGCCGCUGGAGGCAGCGCAUGCUUCGAGCAGAUAAUACCAGUGCCAUAGUAAUCUGCAUCUCUCCAGGAGUGGGUAGUCAGGGAAAUUUCACCAAUGAUGAUGAGCUCUAUCUGAACCUAACUGAUAGCCCUUCCUAUAAUAGUCAAGAAACCAGCCUGCGGACUCCUUCCCCAAGUUCUACACCACCAGUCAAGUCAAUGGAGGAGGACCCUUGGUCAAGGCUGAACUCUAAGGACCAUGUACCUGCCCUUGUUCGUAGUAAUGCCUUCUCAGAGAAUUACUUAGAAGUCCCAGCUGAGGUAGCUCGAGGGAAUGUCCAGGCUGCAGUCUUACCCUCAAAAGAUCCAGAGCCACUUGAAGAAAAUUGCACUAAAGCCCUGACAUUAAGGAUACAUGAUUCUUUGAGUAAUAGCCUGUCAGUUGGCCUGGUGCCUACCAAUUCAACAAACACCAUUAUGGACCCAAAAAAUUUAAAGAUGUCAACUUCAGGUCAAAUGAAAGCCCAAGAAGUUGAAAGAACCCCUCCAGCAAAUUUUAAAAGGACAUUAGAAGAAUCCAAUUCUGGCCCUCUUAUGAAGAAGCAUAAACGAAAUGGUUUAAGUCGAAGUAAUAGUGCUCAGCCCGCAAGCCUCGCCACAACCUCACAGCGAAAGAACUCUGUUAAACUUACCAUGCGACGCAGACUUAGGGGCCAGAAGAAAAUUGGAAAUCCUUUACUUCACCAGCACCGAAAAACUGUUUGUGUUUGCUGAACUGUAUCUGAAAAAUGGCUUUUUUCCAAAUUUAGGAUAUAAGGCUUUUGAAGAUGGUGCCGAAGUUGAACUUCCAAAAACAGGACAAAAUAAAAAUGGUUUGACUUUUUGGAAUUCAGCAGUUUGAUCCUGGCCUUGUACUUGCUUGUAUUAUAAAUGUGAAUUUUAUAGUUGUUAGGGUAUAUGUUGCUGUAAAAUGUGUGUAAAUUUGUAUCCUUCACACAAACUCAGUCUCGUACUCUGAUACACAGUAAAUAUAACAACAGGGCUAAAGGUUUUAAACUUUUAAAAAUGCUUAUUAAGUCACUUGUGAUGAAACUAUACAACUUUUUGAAGUAAAUUAUUAGGCAAACUGGAAAGUGAUGUAUUUUCAUAGUGAUCUGUGUUCCACUUAAUGUUUCUUAGAGACAACUAUUGUCUUUUAAAAAUUAUUUUUUAUUUCUAAUUUCAUAAUUCAGAACUAAAUUUUUCAUAGAAGAGAAGUAGCUGACUUUUAGUCUCCUUGUCCUGAUUAAAAUACUAUGCACUAUCUUUUAUUUCAGUAGCAUUUUUCUAAAAAAAAAAAAAAUCAUCAGAUAUACUCACUAAAUCUUUGGAAUAGAAGGCUUCUUUCCCUUAAAAAAAAAAAUGCCCCUCUCAGUUAUCCCCGACAGUGGCAUUAUUAGGUCUUCAAGUAGUUACCCUCUUCUAGUGUUUGCAUAAAAUAUGUGUGAAGUUUUUCUUGCUAUUUCAAUAAUGGAUGGUGCUGCUAAUUCCCAACAUUUCUUAAAUUAUUAUUUUAUAUAUCAUACAGUUUCAUUGAUUAUAUGGAUAUGUUUGUUCAGCUAAUAAAUCAGUAAAUUGUUUGUGAUAUUGCUGGAUUUUUAUUGUUGGUUUUAAUGAUAUAUAUUAACUUUCUGUUGUGCCAUACCGUGCUUUUAGAGUAACUUAAAAUAAAUGCAUUGUUCAUUGAAACAGGCAAAAUAUCUUAACAGUAAGAAUAUGGUUAAGUUAGUUAUGGCUUAUAACAUUUGAUGACAUAUUGCAAUUAAAAGUGAAUAAAACUGUAUUUUGGUAAUGUAGAAAAAAACUAAAAGGAACUAAUACUAAAGCACUAUGUCAUUUUAGUGUGGUGAAUUGUUCUACAAUGAGGAAUUUUUAAAAUUUAUUAAUUUAGGACAACAUCUCAUUGAAAGAUUGAAGAGUUGAUUAUCUCUCUAUAUAAAAUUCUAAUAUGCAAAUAGACCAAACGGCUGAACAACUGGUCGCUAUAAUGUGCACUGACCACCAUGGGGUUUGCUCCCACGCACCACCAUCCCGCCAGGCACUCGCACCUGCUGCUGGCACUGCCCCGCUCGCACCCACUGCUGGCUCUGGCCCUAAUCGCUCUGCUCCGGCAGCAGGUGUGAGCCGGGCGGACACUGUCAGCACAUGGGAGCGGGGCUGCAGGUAGACGAGACUGGGGGCCACUGCAGGAGGGGCCGGGGGGUGCAGAGGAUGGGCUGAGACCUGCUCCUGUGCCCACCGCAGCCUCGCGGCCCACAAUUCCUUUCAAGGUGCAUGAACUCCUGCACUGGGCUCCUAGUAUACCUAUAAUAUGCUAGGUACUGCAUAAUUGGAAGCAUACUAGUUUUCCAUAAGAAAAAUAAUUGAGGACCAGUGGUCUGGGAAAAACAUUAUUUGUGGCUAGUUUUUAAAAAGGUAUUUUGGGCCCUAGCUGGAUAACUCGCUGGUUAGAGCAUCAUCCCGAUAUGCCAAGGUUCUGGGUUUGAUCCCUCAAAAAAAUGAAACGAUUUUUGGGUAAUAGUUUGUUUUUCAGAUCUUUUAAGAGAGAGACAUAGCAACUUAGAAACAUUUUUUAAGUCGAUUUAUUGUGAAGGGUUUUUCCAUAAAUUAGAUCUGUAAUACCAUGUUAGCUGCCCAAAGUAGAAAUUCAACAAAUCUGAAUGUAUAGUAAAAGCAAGGAAAAUCCAUUUAGCUACUUUUUACCUUUUCUGCCAGUGGUUUUAAAGAGAAUAAUCUAAUCCUGUCUAUAUGAAAUUAAAAUUUCCAUUUGACUAGAGUAAUGGAUUAAGUACUCUUUAAUGCAAAAAUGCCACAGCAUUAAUUCCUUCAUAAAUCACACUUUUAGUGCAAUAGAGUCUAAUUAUAUACCAUACUAGUAGUUACCUAAUACUGGAAACAUUUUUGCCUUGACACAUAUAAAUGCAAAUGCUAAAAUUAGCUCUUUUCUGUAUGUGUUCCUUGGGCUAUGUUCAGAUGUAUUCUUUAAGGAGUUGAAGAUGUUAUGUAAUCACAAAUGUUUUAAUGUUUCUAUUUUUAUUAAAUUUUAUUUGCCUAUGUAACAAA